CGGAGGAAGGGGCUCGGCUCGCGGUGCUCAUUGGGGCGGGGCGAUGGGGUGAGCCCCUGCUUGCCCGGAGCUCCGCGGACCUUUUUUCCCCCCGGGGGGACGAGAGGGACCUAGAACUCUAAUGUCUGUCUUGAACCAGGCGGGAUUAUUCUGAGUCAACCAGUUUUCGAAUAGGGAAGGCGGCACCACUCUUGCGUCCUGGGGUUUAUUUGGGCUGUGGGGAUGAGUUCUGCCAGGACCAAAUGGACCAACAUCCCCGCGGCUGGGGUGGCGACGUGGCUAGGUCCGCACAUCCCUGGGGGGUUUUUGGCUGGAGAGCGUUUUGAGUCCUGCAUCACCGAGUUUUUCUGUUUUUUGGGUGGGGCUGGAUAUGUCCCAAGUGGUGACCGGGGUGGUUAGGGGGAGGCCAUCUCAGGCCUUGAUGCCUGAUGGGCCUUGGUUUAUUAGGGGUUGGGGGGUGGAAGUGGAGGUGCGCUUGACGUGGUCAAAAUAUCCUGAGAGGGUCUGGGCGAGUGUCUUGGGUCAGGAGUCCCUGGGGUUUUUAGGGAGGUGAGGGAGGUUUUGUCCUCUGGUAAUGGUGGGCUGUAUCACUCUGACAUGCAUCUAGGCAGCUUUUUUGAAUGGGGGCAGGCCUUUUCUCUGGGACCUGUUGUCUCAAGGUGUGUCAUGUGGGAGGUGCCCCCUGUGCUUUGUGGCAAAGAUCCUGGGUUUGGUCGUCAUCGGGGUGGCCCGUCUGGCUGACUCCUUUCCUGGACUGCUUUUCCCUCACAUGUUAGUGUGUCCGGAAUUGGUGGGUUCUUGGUCUCACUGACUUAAAGAAUGAAGCCGCGGACCCUCGCGGUGAGUGUUACAGUUCUAAAGGCGGCGUGUCCGGAGUUUGUUCCUUCUGAUGUUCGGAAUCGGAGUUUCUUCCUUCUGGUGGGUUCGUGGUCUUGCUGGCUCAGGAGUGAAGCUGCAGACCUUCGCAGUGAGUGUUACAGCUCUUAAGGUGGCACGUCUGGAGUUGUUCGUUCCUCCCGGUGGGCUCGUGGUCUCGCUGGCUUCAGGAGUGAAGCUGCAGACCUUUGCAGUGAGUGUUACAGCUGGUAAAAGCAGUGUGGACCCAAAGAGUGAGCAGUAGCAAGAUUUAUUGCAAAGAGCGAAAGAACAAAGCUUCUACGGUGUAGAAGGGGACCCGAGCGGGUUGCCGCUGCUGGCUCGGGCAGCCUGCUUUUAUUUUUUUAUCUGGCCCCACCCACGUCCUGCUGAUUGGUAGAGCCGAGUGGUCUGUUCUGACAGGGCGCUGAUUGGUGUGUUUACCAUCCCUGAGCUAGACAUAAAAGUCCUCCACGUCCCCAUCAGAUCAGUUAGACACAGAGUAUCGACACAAAGGUUCUCCAAGGCCCCACCAGAGCAGCCAGACACAGAGUGUGGAUUGGUGCACUCACAAACCCUGAGCUAGACACAGGGUGCUGAUUGGUGUGUUUACAAACCUUGAGCUAGAUACAGAGUGCGCAUUGGUGUAUUUACAAUCCUUCAGCUAGACAUAAAGGUUCUCCAAGGCCCCACCAGAGCAGCUAGAUACAGAGUGUCGAUUGGCGCAUUCACAGACCCUGAGCUAGACACGGUGCUGAUUGGUGUAUUUACAAUCCCUGAGCUAGACGUAAAGGUUCUCCACAUCUCCACCAGACUCAGGAGCCCAGCUGGCUUCACCCAGUGGAUCCUGCACCGGGGCAGCAGGUGGAGCUGCCUGCCAGUCCCGUGCCGUGCGCUUGCACUCCUCAGCCCUUGGGUGGUUGAUGGGACUGGGCACCGUGGAGCAGGGGGUGGCACUCGUUGGGGAGGCUUGGGCUGCACAGGAGCCCAUGGAGGGGGUGGGAGGCUCAGGCAUGGCGGGCUACAGGUCCCGAGCCCUGCCCCGUGGGAAGGCAGCUAAGGCCUGGUGAGAAAUCGAGCAUAGCGCCGGUGGGCUGGCACUGCUGGGGGACCCAGUACACCCUCCGCAGCCGCUGGUCCGGGUGCUAAGCCCCUCAUUGCCCACAUUGCCCAGGGCCGGCAGGCUGCUCUGAGGGGGCGGGGGGGGGCCCACCAAGCCCACGCCCACCCGGAACUCCAGCUGGCCCGCAAGUGCCACACGCAGCCCCGGUUCUCGCUUGCACCUCUCCCUCCACACUUCCCUGCAAGCUGAGGGAGUAGGCUCCGGCCUUGGCCAGCCCAGAAAGGGGCUCCCACAGUGCAGCGGUGGGCUGAAGGGCUCCUCAAGUGCCGCCAAAGUGGGAGCCCAGGCAGAGGAGGCACCAAGAGCAAGCGAAGGCUGUGAGGACGGCCAGCACGCUGUCAUCUCUCAUUAGGGCCAAACAUCUGGUUUGGGGCUGUGAAGGAUUAGGUAUGGUAGGGAACUCUGACGGCUUCUAGUCAACAAUCCAAAUCACUUCUGGCAUAUGGUCCACCUUCUCCAAUCCCUGCCUGCUGGGAGAGGACGAUCUCUUGAGAAAGGAAAGAUUUCUGUGCUCCUGAGAACCUCCUAUCAGGUCCUGGCUGCAUGGAAACAAGAUGGGCUUUUUACAAUUAAGGUUGGAAGAAGUCACCACAGGCAGCAGAACUCCAUCUUGAGAUGAAAUAACAUCUACCUGGACCUCUGGCAGAAUUUCAAGGCACACACUGGGCUGACUCUGGGGCCACGAUGUUGCCUUACCCUUUAGCACUGGGAGAUCAAUACUGGGAAGAGAUUUUGCUUUCAAAGAAUGGGGAAAAUGUAGAGACCAUGAAGAAAUUGACCCAAAAUCAUAAAGCGAAAGGCUUGCCUUCUAAUGAUACUGACUGGUCCCAGAAAAAGGAGGGAAAGGCCCAAAUAGUGGUACCAGUUACAUUCAGGGAUGUGACUGUGAUCUUCACAGAAGCAGAAUGGAAGAGACUGAGUCCAGAGCAGAGGAAUCUGUACAAAGAAGUGAUGCUGGAGAAUUACAGGAAUCUUCUCUCAUUGGCAGAACCAGAGCCAGAAAUCUACACUUGUUCCUCCUGCCUUCUGGCCUUCUCCUGUCAGCAGUUCCUCAGUCAACAUGUACUUCAGAUCUUCCUGGGCUUAUGUGCAGAAAAUCACUUCCAUCCAGGGAAUUCUAGCCCAGGGCAUUGGAAACAGCAGGGGCAGCAGUAUUCCCAUCCAAGCUGUUGGUAUGAAAAUGCAGAAGGUCAGGAGAGAGGAGGUGGCUCCAAACCCUGGUCUGCAAGGACAGAGGAGAGAGAAACCUCAAGGGCAUUCCCCAGCCCACUCCAAAGACAGUCAGCAAGUCCUAGAAAAGGCAACAUGGUGGUAGAAAUAGAGCCCAGCUCAGCCCAAAGACCAAACCCUGUGCAGCUAGACAAAGGCUUGAAGGAAUUAGAAACCUUGAGAUUUGGAGCAAUCAACUGUAGAGAGUGUGAACCGGACCAUAACCUGGAAUCAAACUUUAUUACAAACCCGAGGAUCCUCUUAGGGAAGAAGCCCUACAUUUGCAGUGAUUGUGGGCGAAGCUUUAAAGAUAGAUCAACCCUCAUCAGACACCAUCGUACACACUCGAUGGAGAAGCCUUAUGUGUGCAGUGAGUGCGGGCGAGGUUUUAGCCAGAAGUCCAACCUCAGCAGACACCAGAGAACACAUUCAGAAGAGAAGCCUUAUUUGUGCAGGGAGUGUGGGCAAAGCUUUAGAAACAAGUCCAUCCUCAAUAGACAUCAGUGGACUCACUCAGAGGAGAAGCCCUAUGUUUGCAGUGAGUGUGGGCGAGGCUUUAGCGAGAAGUCAUCCUUCAUCAGACACCAGAGGACACACUCCGGUGAGAAACCCUAUGUGUGCCUGGAGUGUGGACGAGGCUUUUGUGAUAAGUCAACCCUCAGAAAACACCAGAGGAUACACUCAGGGGAGAAGCCUUAUGUUUGCAGGGAGUGUGGGCGAGGCUUUAGCCAGAACUCAGAUCUUAUCAAACAUCAGAGGACACACUUGGAUGAGAAGCCUUAUGUUUGCAGGGAGUGUGGGCGAGGCUUUUGCGACAAGUCAACCCUCAUCAUACAUGAGCGGACGCACUCUGGAGAGAAGCCUUAUGUGUGUGGUGAGUGUGGCCGAGGCUUUAGUCGGAAAUCACUCCUCCUUGUCCACCAGAGGACACACUCAGGGGAGAAGCAUUAUGUCUGCAGGGAGUGUAGGCGAGGUUUUAGCCAGAAGUCAAAUCUCAUCAGACACCAGAGGACACACUCAAAUGAGAAGCCUUAUAUUUGCAGGGAAUGUGGGCGAGGCUUUUGUGACAAGUCAUCCCUCAUUGUACAUGAGAGGACACACUCAGGAGAGAAGCCUUACGUGUGCAGUGAGUGUGGCCGAGGCUUUAGCCGGAAAUCACUCCUCCUUGUCCACCAGAGGACACACUCAGGGGAGAAGCAUUAUGUUUGUAGGGAGUGUGGGCGAGGCUUUAGUCAUAAGUCAAAUCUCAUCAGACACCAGAGGACACACUGACGGGAGAAACCUGUGUAUGCGGGGGUCAUGAACAAGACCUGAGUGACCAGUCAAGCCUCAUGUUACCCCAGGGAGACACACGGGGAGUAGACCCUGUGUAUGCAGAUUGUGAGUGAAGUUCCAGAGAUGUGUCAACUGUUAUCGGGCAUGGGAGGGACACGUUCAGGAGAGGAGCCUUAUGAGUACAGAGUAUGGGCAACUGUAGCCAUCAGUCAGCCUUCAGCAUGCACAAAAGAACACACUUAGGAGAGAAGUUUAUGUGUAGGGACUGUGGGAAGGCUUUAGCAAUAAUCAACAUUUACCAAACAUCCAAUGAUAGCCUCAGGGGAAAGCACCCUUGUCUGGGGAGUGUUGGUGAGCAUCAGUAAAAGAAUGGACAGUCAGGCACAAAGUGGCCCUCAGGAAGGAGGUCUUUGUUUGCAGGAUGUAUGGGCAAAGCUUUUGUGAUCACAUACCACAGGGAGAAUCCGCAUGUGGGGACACUGUGGACUUCUGCCCAGAUGACCUUUUCAGGGCUUAACACCCCAGCUGCUUGAGAGAACAGUGUUGCUGCUGGCAGAGAUGCAUUCCAGAGAUGCACUCCACUCUGGAACUCGCUCUCAGCCACAGGGAGCUGCACACACCACAGGGGCGAUGCACCUUUGCAGGGGUAGCUUCUGGCCCCAACCUUUGACUCAACGGGGACAACUCCAGAAGGUCAUUCCAGGUCCAGAGAUCCCCAUCGAACUGAAGGACCACUGGGUUGCAGACACAUUGCAGGUCAGUCUCUUCCUCUGUCCAGUCCUGCCCUGACUCCCCAAUGAAUCCUCAGUUUUCCAUCUCAUUGUCUCUCCAGAUAAUUGAUUCUAAGACAUGUUAGGUAUAUAAGGAGUGUAGAUAAGGCUUCAGCCAUGAGUCACCUCUCAGUAAGCCCCAGAGUAUAUAGAAUAGAAAUUCUGCAUGUGUGGGGAGAAUGGACAAGGACUUAGGAAAAAGUCCUCAUCAAAGAACAGCUUUUUUGGGACAAGCUUUACAUGGGUGGGGAGGGAAAAUGUGAAACACAUUAGCAAUAAGUUAAACCUCAUCUUGUACUAAAGGAGGACACACUCAGGGAGAAGACCUCUGUGGGCAGGGCUUGUGGGUGGAGCUUCAUCCCGAUGUCACUCCUCAACUGACUUAGGAGGACAGUGUUGCUACCCCAAGUCACUACCUCACUCGCCUCUGAGGGGUUUUCAGGAAAUAUCUUGACUCCCCCAUGUACUCUGUAUGUGAGUGAAGAUGGCAGUAACUGUUAAAUAAGCAUUCUUUUCUACUUCUUGGAAUCAGAUGAAAUAAAAAAGUAGGCUUUAUUUAAGUAAUCAAAAAA